UGCAUCAAGCAGAGGAGAGAAAGGACUAGUUUCUGCUGCUAAAGAUCACUAAAAAAUUUACUUUUGUUUUUAUCAUGACUUAAAAUAAUCUGAUACCUCAGUUACUCAUCGGUUAUGAAAUCUUCACUGUAUUUGGUAAAAGAUUAGAAUUGAUAUAUAUUUACAAUCUUUCUACACCAUCUCUGAAUCUGAUCACCGUUUAAGUUUAUUGAAGAAGAUCCUUUGGCUACAAAGAUGAAGAGUUUACUUCUUCUGGUGCUGAUUUCUAUCUGCUGUGCUGAUCACCUUUCAGAAAACUAUACUCUAGAUCAUGACAGAGUGAUUCACAUCCAAGCAGAAAAUGGUCCUCGUCUACUGGUGGAAGCAGAACAAGCCAAGGUGUUCUCACAUAGAGGUGGCAAUGUCACACUGCCAUGUAAAUUUUAUCGAGAUCCCACAGCAUUUGGCUCAGGAACCCACAAAAUCCGAAUUAAGUGGACCAAGCUGACUUCAGAUUACCUCAAAGAAGUGGAUGUUUUUGUUUCCAUGGGUUAUCACAAGAAAACCUAUGGCUCUUACCAGGGUAGAGUGUUUCUAAAGCGAGGCAGUGAUAAUGAUGCUUCUCUGGUGAUCACAGACCUCUCACUAGAGGAUUAUGGGAGAUAUAAGUGUGAGGUGAUUGAAGGAUUAGAAGAUGAUACAGCUGUGGUAGCAUUAGAUUUACAAGGUGUGGUUUUCCCUUAUUUUCCACGACUGGGCCGCUAUAAUCUCAAUUUCCACGAGGCCCAGCAGGCCUGUUUGGACCAGGAUUCAGUGAUCGCUUCUUUUGACCAGCUGUACGAUGCCUGGAGGGGCGGGCUGGACUGGUGCAAUGCUGGCUGGCUUAGUGACGGCUCUGUGCAGUACCCCAUCACAAAACCCAGAGAGCCCUGCGGAGGCCAGAACACGGUGCCCGGCGUGAGGAACUACGGGUUUUGGGAUAAGGAUAAGAGUAGAUAUGAUGUUUUCUGCUUUACAUCCAACUUCAAUGGCCGGUUUUACUACCUGAUUCACCCCACCAAGCUGACGUAUGAUGAAGCCGUGCAGGCCUGUCUCAAUGACGGUGCUCAGAUCGCCAAAGUGGGCCAGAUCUUCGUUGCCUGGAAACUCCUGGGCUAUGACCGCUGUGAUGCGGGCUGGUUGGCCGACGGCAGUGUCCGCUACCCUAUCUCCAGACCUAGAAGGCGCUGCAGUCCCACCGAGGCUGCAGUGCGCUUCGUGGGUUUCCCAGAUAAGAAGCAUAAGCUGUACGGCGUCUAUUGCUUCAGAGCAUACAACUGAGCAUGCCCCUAGAGCAUCUCAGCUUUAAAGUCAUUAAGAACAUGUGAAAGGUUUUUGUGUUGUUGUUGUGUUUUUUUUUUCAAUAUGAACUCAUGCAAGUUACCAAAACUGUGAUAACCCUUUUUUUACUUACUGUAUAGAGUCAUUUUCAUAAAGACCAAUUCAUUAAUUUGUUUUUGUAAAGCUAUCAUUCAUAUAUAUUAUAAAUUAAUAUAAUUUUUAAGGAAGCGCUCCAUAGGGAGGCUUUAGGGCCAAACUGUUUGGGCUCCGUCAUUCCAGCCAAGAAUCCUUUCAUGAACGGGGCAUGCAAUAGCUUGGGGAUGCCAGGAUUAAAAUAAGGGAAGUAAAGCUACUCAGAACAGCAGCUUCCACAAGCACAAAUUUUACACCUUUGUACAAUUUUGAAAUGCAGUACAAGAGACAGAUUAGAGCAGCAGAUUUGAAUACAGGCUUCUUUACAUAAACCAGGAUUCAGAGAGGUUACACAAAACUGUUUCACCGGACAAUAAUCUACUUUUUUUUCUAAAAGUUAACACUUCAAACCUCCAAUAAAAUAUUUUAUUUUUAAAAUCCUGCCUUUUGACCAAAAAGGAAAAAAACUUCAUAUCAACUCAAAUGCAGAGUAACAAGCACAGAUUAAAACUCUUUAACAACCCCAUUUGUAUGAAGUAUGAUACUUAAGCAAAUAAUAUUUAAUCAGAGAUUCUUACCUUCUUCUAAUUAAAAUUACACAAGCCUGAGAAGAAUUGUCUUAUCUUUUGAGUAGCUUUACUGAGUUAUAUUUAAAUUCUAUGGGCCAUUUGCUAAGCAGCAUUUAGCAUCUACUCAGGGCAGUUAUAUAGAUAAACUGCUGAACAGAAAAAUUUAGCAGCUUGAUUUUAUGUUAGCCUAUGAAAUGUUAUUGUCCUAUAAAAUAACUUUAAACUAUUUAAUAUUUCCUUAUUUACAUUACUUAAAUUUUUUUAAUCAUAAAAGGAAUGAAUAGCGACAUAUGUGCUUGACUGAGAAAUAGAGCACAACCUUCAAAAUCCUUAUUAUUCCAAUUUGCAUAGAUACCAGAAAGCUCAGCUGGUGCCUCGGUUUUGGGGGAAUUGUCCACAAAAUAGUUCUAAACCCCCUUCCAUAAAGAAAUAUGGUCAUGUUCCACUUUCCUUGGUGGUCAUUUUUAGGAUUAAAUUAAAUGCUGAAGCAGUUUUCAAUGAGUUUACACUAAAGUCUUCAGGGUUUUAAAUAAAAGGAUAAGGCCAGCUUUAGAAAAACAACUUUCCACCAUAGAGGCUGUAAUAUUAAAUAAAGCUCUGUUUUCCUAUUUUUUAUGACUCUUGAGACCCCACAGGGACCAAUAUUUGUAUUCAAAUUACAAUUCAUGUUUCCUAUUGUUUCGCAAUGAGUUCUAAUAAAUGGGAUUUAGUAUAAUUAUCCAAGUAUGACAUAGCUGGUGUGCUUUCAUGAAUGUUUUUAUGUAGAUUUUUCUCCCAUGAACAUGAGUAAAUAAAUCUGUUUCCUGGAUUGAUUGUGGUUGCAUUUAAGAAUCUGUAAUAAUUCCAAUAAAUUUAUUCCAUAAAUGUAGAGUUAUGUGUGUGGAAGGUAUAGAACAAUUGGAAGUUCAUCAAAUAUAACUAUACUUAUAUGUUAUCUGAUAGAUGUUGUAAAUAAAGGUAGAUAUUUCUUCUGUCAAAAGCAUAUCUGAAAUUUUCAGAUGCUUUAACAUUAAAAAGCUGACCAAUAUAUGCAUGCACACUUUUAUAUUAGGUUGGCUAUGCAAAUUGUAUGAAAAUAUAAACCCAAAGAGAUUGUGAGGGUUAAUUCAAACACUACUGUCAUAGAUCAAUCUCCAACUUGUAAACUGAAAAACCUGUCUUGUUUAGCAUAAGAUGAAUAUAUUAUUUAAAAGGGACUAUCUCCAAAAUAACAACUCUGUAGCACCUCAAAUAUGGGGUUGGUUCAUUGGAGGAAGCCCAAACUUGAAUGAUUAUUACAUACAUUAAUUUUAUUAGAAAUAAAGUGGGAACAAAUUUUUAUUAAAGCAGAUAUGUAGUUUUAUGUAUUGCCACAGAACUCUGCCUUUAUCAUGUUAAGCAUAGUAAAAUUGCUUAACUUUUCAAUACUUAACUAAAAUAGGAACUGGUGCUGACCAAAAAUCUCUGGAGUGACUGUUAGCUGAUUAAAAUCUAUGCUGUUCACACAUCAUUUCCCCAUGCUUAUAAAAACAUUCUUAAUCAAGUGAGUACUGCUGGGAAGAAUUUUUAUCUUCUUAUUUUCUCAAAAUGACAAGAAUCCACUAUAUGGAUUCCUACAUGAAUAAGUUUUUUUUUUAAGAUAUUCUCAUUUUGCCUUUUUUCCAAAAAAAAAUAUGUAUUUUCCUACUUCAUUCCCUAAAAUACCUAAAAGUAUAUAAAAAAGAAAUAUAAAUCAAACACAUUCCUAAUAAAAGCCAGUAAGACGCAGACUAAUUCAAAAAUUGCUCCUCACACUUGGAUUCUAAGACAAUUCGAAGGAUGUGAUAAGAGACUAGAUUAGAAAAUAUUCCUUUAUUUUGUUCAUCUUUAACUUUUAUGGCCCAUACAAGGAACAAAGUAUACUUGUAAAUUUCAUUGAGACACUCACAUUUGAAACCUUGAAUAAAAAGAUGAUGCUUUUAACAAAACAGCAUAAAAAUGAAAACAAGUUACUCACAUCAACACUGGAAGCCAUCUUUUAAUGACUGCUGGCAUAUUGUACCACAAUAAUUUUUAGUCAUUUAUGGUGUUUGUAAAUUUAAACUUUCUCUCAUAGGAAGAGGGCCGGUACCUGAAAAAAAUAUUUUAUGCAAUAAUAUAGUCACUUAUUAUUUUGCCAAUUAGAAGUAGACUCAAAAGGAAAUUCCAACUUGGUUGCUGGCAGCCAUACUGAAUUUCUUGAUUUCAGUGUUCCAAUGAAUAUGGCGGUCUCAAGGAGUCGCUAACUGAUAAGGAGGUGAUGACUAACAGAAAAUUUUUCAUCACAGAAUACAUGAAAAAUGCUGAAUGGAUAACUGACCGUUUUGUUGAAUAGUAUCAUAGCUCACUACUGCCAGAGCAGCAAUGGUGUACAGCAAAAUAAAUGAAAACUAGAAAAGUCAUUAACCCACUUGAUUAAAGAAAAAUUGGUAUUGAAAGGCAUUUAAUACUUACUGAGUACAAAUAUGAGGAGAAAAACCAAUCUGUAUUACAAAAAUUUGUUUUCAUUUUCUGUAAGAUAAAAUGAACUGGUAAACAAAACAUUAAAAGUCAAUUUUGUGUUACUGCA